AUGGCCAACACUACCACGGUUCGCCCCGAGAUUGACAUGUCUCACGAGGAAAAGCAUGAGCUAGAACAGAUUGAGACCAAGGACAAUGUACAAUCCGAUCACGACACGAAGUUGGAGAAGCGCGUUCUUCGAAAGAUCGAUACCCGACUCCUGCCUAUUCUCGGGUGUCUCUACACAAUCGCGCUCGUCGACCGAUCCAACGUCGCGGUCGCUCGUAUCUCAGGAAUGGACGAAGAUCUCGACCUCGCCGUCGGUAACCGCGUGUCUAUUGUCUUGAUGGUCUUCUUUAUCGGGUACAUUCUUUUUGAGAUCCCCAGCAAUGCCUUCAUUCACAAGCUUGGUGCAGCCAAUUGGCUUGCCUUUCUGGCUUUUGCUUGGGGAUUGGUGUCCCUUGGCAUUGGCUUCUUAAACAACUGGGCUGGCCUCGCCGUACUGAGAGCCCUUCUUGGCGUUUUUGAGGCUGGUUUCUUCCCGGGCUGUGUCUAUCUUGUAUCUUCGUGGUAUAAGCGCUACGAGGUCCAAAAGCGAAUGGCAGGCUUCUUUUUGACUGCCUCAGCGCUGUCAGCCUUCGCCAAUAUCCUCGCAUAUGGCCUCAUUCAGAUCUCCAAGACACAUCAUUACAAAGGAUGGCGCUGGAUCUUCAUUGUCGAAGGUGCCAUCACAGUCGUCGCCGGCAUCGGCUCAUGGUUCAUCAUUGUCGACUUUCCUGACUCUGAUAAAAACACAUUCCUCACUCCUGAAGAACGCGCCUUCGUCAAAGAACGCCUCGCCGAGGACCGUGGCCCCGAAGAACGAGAAAAGGUUACCUUGAAGAUCAUUGGGCAGACAGCUGCGGACUGGAAGCCCUGGGCCUAUUCACUUAUGUACAUGGCCGGUGCCGUUGGAGUCUAUGCCUUCUUGUUCUUCCUGCCUAUCAUCCUACGCGGUGGUCUUGGAUACUCACUUGAGCUUUCAUUCAUUCUGAGUACACCGCCAGCACUGUUUGCUGUUGUCGAAGCAAUGAGUAUCUCGUGGCUUGCUGAUAAGACGAGGCUGCGAGGUCCGUUCGUCAUCUUCCAAGGCCUGAUUGGAAUCAUUGGGCUAUGCAUGACUGGAUUGCUCAAUUCACCAACACCUCGCUAUGUUGGCACAUUUCUCGGCGUCGCUGGGGCUAAUGGUCUUGUUGUGACGACCCUUGCGUGGCAGGCCAAUAAUAUUGUCGGUGAUGCUCGACGUGCUGUGUCCACUGGCUUCCUCAUCAGUAUGAGUGGCGUUGGUGGGAUUUACUCCAGCAUGGUAUUCCGUCAACAGGAUGCACCAAACUACAUCCCUGGACUCGUCGCUGUCAUGGCCAUCAACGUGGCAGCGGUUGUAGUCGCCGCACUAACAAUGCUUAUGCUCCGCCAUAAUAAUAGACAGGCAGAUGAGGGGAAAUGCCUAUGCGAAGGUCGAGAAGGAUUCAGAUAUACAUUGUAG